AUGAAAACAACGCAGGAAAACUCGACAGCAGAACGCCGGGUGGUGGAGUGCCAAGAGUGGGACUACGACAUCGGCAACCACGCUGACAGCAUUAUCAGCCGCUGGGACCUGGUGUGCGGGAGGCGCUGGCUCCAUCAGCUGUCUGUCAUCGGUUUUAUGCUGGUGGCGAUGGCGUUCGUUCCGGCUUCCGGUGCGCUGUCCGACCACACGGGGCGUCGGCCCGUCAUCCUCAUCAUGACUGGGACACUCUUCAGCGCCAGCCUAAGCGUGGCCGUGGCGGAGACUUUUCCAUUCUUCCUCGUUGCCCGGUUCGUGGUGUCCUGUUCGUGCAACGCUGCCGCCAUGAUCCUUUGCGUGCUCCUCUACGAGAUGACCGGAAAGGAACGGCGUGCUCUCUACUGCGUUUGGGCCACGGGCGUCGGCGUCACCUUUCCCGUACCCUUCCUAAGGGCCGUCGGUGCCCUUCAGCCGCGGUGGGUGCUAGCGCAGGCCGUUCUCGUGUUGCCGACCGCCGUACUUGUCCUGCUGUGCUACUCCUUGGAAGAGUCGCCCAGCUGGCUGAUCAGCAAAUCGCGGCUGCGUCGGGGGGAGCAGGUGAUGCUCAUUGUGGCGAAAGACAACAGGGUCAACAUCGAGAAAAGCCCAAAUCUCGCUCCGGUUCCUCCGACGCCAAUAAAACAGCACAAAAACCUGCAGACGGCCUCAUCUACCGGGCUAUUGAAAAGCGAAACUGGGAGCGAGUUGGCUGCGCGCAGUGCCGUAUUCUGGCGCCAGGCAACCUCCGUGGUCAUAUGCUUCGUUAGCCUCACGUUCGUGUUCUACGAGUUCGUGCUGAAGGAGAAGCUGAUCGGCGUGUACCAGGCCGCAGGUCACCUAGCCUUACAGUGCUGUAUUUACUUCGGUGCCUGCCGGGUCAUAGUCAACAAUGGCCAGCGCGAGACCCUCACCUUAAUGUUGGCGCUGCUGGGCUUGUCGACGGCCGCCCACGCCGCGGCGCAGUUUCUUGACUUCUCAUUCAUGCUUCCCAUUCUUCGCAGCUUGGUGCUGGCAGGGUGCUCGGCCUGUCUCAGCGUUGCCUACAGUUACACGGCCGAGGUUAUUCCCCAUCGCCAUUCGCACCACUGGUCUUUGUCUCGCAUAUAG